AUGGAUGUCCCGGCGGCGCAGGUGCCGAGAGGGGCCGUGAACGAGGGCCAGGGCCAGGGCCCCGCCGGCUCCGAAGCCGGACCGCCGUCCAAGAAAAAGUCCCGUCGUGGCGGUGCCGACGCGGCCAACAACAAGCGCAAGUGUGUGAGCACAGCCUGUGUCGCCUGCCGCAAGAGAAAGUCAAAGUGCGACGGCGCCCUCCCCAGUUGCGCAGCCUGCUCCAGCGUCUACGGCACCGAGUGUGUCUACGACCCAAACACGGACCACCGCCGCAAAGGCGUCUACCGCGAGAAGGCCGACACCGUCAAGGCCCAGAACUCCACUCUCCAGAUCCUCAUCGAGGCUAUCUUGAACGCGGCUGAGGAAGAUGUGCUCGCCAUCGUCCAGAGGAUCCGUACCUGCGACAGCCUCGACGUCGUGGCCGAGUCCAUCCUGAAGGAGGAGGAGACCGCCGACGAUGAAGCAGAUGUCGACCAAGACGUCGACGACGAUGACUACGCUGCCGCCAACCCCUCGGUCGAGGGCGAGAGGGAGCUCGCCCGCAAGAUGGGCGAGCUGCGCCUCGAAAACGGCUCGGUCCGCUUCAUCGGCGGCACCUCCCAUCUCAUCUACCUGGGUGACCCCGUUGACCUGCCCGACGAGCCUGAAUCCGAGAGCUAUCGCCCCGACGAGGACCCCGUCACCAGCUGGUCCGAGGUUACCAAGGAUCCCCAGCUAGUCAUCCACCUAAUCAACAUGUACUUCAACUGGCACUACCCCUAUUUCACCACGCUUUCCAAGAGCUUGUUUUACCGCGACUUCUUCAACGGGAAGCCAUCCGGUCAUCCGCGCGGUACCGUGUACUGCUCCUCCCUGCUGGUCAAUGCCAUGCUCGCCCUGGGCUGCCACUUCACAAGCGUCGCUGGCGCUUUCGCUGUAGACGGAGAUAGCCGGAGCAAGGGCGACCACUUCUUUGCCGAGGCCAAGAAGUUGAUCAUUGAGCACGACGAGUACGAGAAGCCAAAGCUCACCACGGUGCAGGCCCUUGCCCUCAUGUCGGUGCGUGAGGCCGGCUGCGGACGUGAGGCCAAGGGCUGGGUUUACAGCGGCAUGAGCUUCCGGAUGGCCCAGGACAUCGGCCUCAACCUCGACAUGGGCGCCAUCUCGAGGGACAAGGACUCGCUGAACGAGCAGGAGGUAGACGCUCGCAGGAUUACGUUUUGGGGCUGCUUUCUGUUCGACAAGUGCUGGUCCAACUAUCUCGGUCGCCUGCCUCAACUUCCCAGGAAUACUUACAAUGUGCCCAAAUACGACGUGUUCCCGGACGAGGACUCCAAGCUGUGGUCGCCAUACACCGACGCUGGGUUUGACCAGUCGUUCCAACAGCCAUCCAGAACGAGAGCAGCCGGCCUGCAGUUAUCCAAGCUGUGCGAGAUCAGCAGUGAUCUCCUGCUCUUCUUCUACCACCCAAACCACAUCAGGCGCUCGAGCGGCAAGUCAGUAGAGCUCAAGAAGCUCAGCGAACUCCACCGACGCCUAGAGGAUUGGAAGAAGGAUUUACCCAAGGAGUUUGAGCCGAAAGAAGGGCAGCUGCCAAAUGUGAUUUUGACGCACAUGUUUUACCACCUACAAUACAUACAUCUUUUCCGGCCGUUUCUCAAAUACACUCCAGCCGCAUCUCCAUUGCCAGCUCAUGUCUCGCCUCGCAGAAUUUGCACUGCCAACGCCGGCGCAAUCUCCAAGCUGAUGCGACUGUACAAGAAGGUGUACAACCUGCGGCAAAUAUGCAACAUUGCCGUGUACAUGGUGCACUCGGCCUGCACCAUCCACAUGCUAAACCUGCCCGAAAAGGCAGCCAAGAGAGACAUCAUCCAUGGCGUCAAACAUCUCGAGGAGAUUGCCGAGGACUGGCUGUGUGCCCGGAGAACGCUGUCCAUCCUGAGUGUCUUGGCUCGAAAGUGGAAUGUGCACAUGCCUGAGGAGGCUGCCGUCAUCUUGCAGCGGGCUGAUGAGGAAUUUGGGAUCGUCAGCACAUCAGAUGUGCCCUCCCCGAACAGGUCAGUACCGACCAUAUCGCCGUCGCCAACUGCCAAGCAGGAGCACCACAGCCCUCCGAACCCGUUCAGCCAGCCGACGCCUCCGCAAAUGUCCCUCGAUCUCGCGCCAUCAACCAUAUCCCCAGACCUGCUGAGUAGCCUUGGCCUGUCGGAGGCACCGCUAGGCAUGCAGGGCAUGCAACAAAGCCAAGGCCAAAUGCAGCCGCAGUUAGCGCAGCAGAUGGGCGUCCAUCUCCCCGUCAGCACUGCGGCCAUGUCCAUGAGCGACGCUCUCUCGGGGAUCAACGCGUGGGCGACUAUGCCCAGCUACGAGCCGUCGUCGUACAUGCCCGUCAUCCUUGAGAAUAAUAACAACAACCAGACGGUUGGUGGUGGCCCGUCCCGCACAAGCGGCGGUGGCCACCGCUCAACAAACUCCGUCUACGCCAUCGACGGCCAGGACUGGUAUCUCAAAGAUGGCGUCAACUGGCAGCAGAACUUUGAGGCGUGGAAUCCCGCCAACAGUGUCAAUGGGAUGGAUGGCGGCGCCGGCAGCGGCAGCAGCGGUGCUGGCUCUCCAGCGUCGUCGUCGAUGUUCAUGUUCCGCGGCCUCGACGGCUUCAGUAACCUCCGCGCCAACGACAUGGACACGGGUGGGUUCGACUCGCUACGUGGGAUGGGCAGUCUAGACCAUCUUCCUGGGCUGGACUGA